AUGGACGUUACUAGUAAUGGAGGUGACGGGGUUGGCGAAGAAACCAGCAGGGCUCCCCGAAGGAGAAGUAGUCGAUAUCAUAGACACACGCCUCAACAAAUUCAAAGGCUCGAAGGGAUUUUCGCUGAAUGCCAACACCCAGAUGAAGCACGGAGGCUGGAGUUGAGCGUGGAGUUGGGAAUGACUCCUUCACAAAUUAAGUUUUGGUUCCAAAACAAGAGAACGCAGACGAAGGCGAAACAAGAAAAAGAGAAGAGCAUUGCUUUACGAGCUCUGAACGACGAAAUUCGAGGUGAAAUUAAUGAGAUUGCGCAAGUCCUCGAGGCUCUGGAAUGCAGAUUCUGUGGAAAAUCAUGUCAAGUUGGUGAAAAUAUAUUCAUCAACCAACAAAAAUUACGCGCAGAGAAUGCUCUUUUGAAAGAAGAGCUUGAAAGACUUUCACGCGAGGUUGAGGAGUAUACAGGAAUGCCUAUUUCACUUCAUCGGGCAACAGAGCCAAGUGAUCAUGUUCUUAGCAAUUCUUCAGGUGUUAUUGCUACGGAUAAGGCCUUCAUGGUUGAGUUGGCUCAUCAUGCUAUGGAGGAAUUCAACACUCUUCUGCAGAGCAAUGAGUUCUGGAUGAACUCGACAGAUGAUGGACGGACAGUCAUUGAUCUUCAAGCUUACGAGAGGCGGUUCUCAAGAGGUCCUAAUAGUCCUAAUCUUCGGACUGAGUCAUCCAAGGACUGUGGUGUUGUGUUCAUGAAUAGCUUGGACUUGGUUGAAUUUUUUAUGGAUGCAAACAAGUACAUGGAGGUUUUUCCUACCAUUGUCUCGAAGGCAAGAACAAUUGCAGUAAUUAAAGCUGGACUGAUGGGAAACCAAAAUAACCUGUUGCAGCUUAUGUAUGAAGAGCUAAACGUGCUAUCCCCACUAGUACAAACCCGGAAAUUCUGCUUCCUUCGUUUCUGCAAACAACUUGAUCAAAAUUCAUGGGCUAUAGUUGAUGUUAGCUAUGACGAUCCUCGAGAAUCUUUUGAUUCUCAGUCUCAAGUUCGUCGCAUGCCUUCUGGAUGCUACAUCCAAGCCAUGCCUGAUGGCCAGUCCAAGGUUACAUGGAUGGAACACACUCGAAUUGAGGACAGAGCAUCAAUUCAUGAAUUUUACAGGGGACAUAUAUGGAGUGGGCUGGCGUUUGGUGCUGAAAGGAGGCUCGCUGUACUUAAAAGAAUGUGCGAAAGAAUCAAUUGCCCACUGGAUUAUAGUACUCCGUUCUUUUAUAUUGGAGGAGGUAAGCAAUCUUUGUUUCGUAUUCUAUUCAUAGCUAUAUUUAUUCAGUCAUGUAACAAGAAGGAGAAUAAUUUCAAACAUGUUUUCCAGUAA